AUGAGCAAGAUUGUGGGGAAAUAUGCUCAUAAACCAUUCAUUGCUGAAGAAAAAAGUAAAGCAACGUUGAAGAAGAUGAAUGGCCAGAAACAUGUAAUAGAUAUUAAUGAUGUAGGUGAAACUAUUCCUUCAGUAGAAGAUCAAGAUCAACCACCUCUCACUCAUACUGAAAACCCUACUCCUACUGAAAAGGGAAGAAAAACUAUGGCUAAAAAGAUGGACAAUUUUGUAGUGAAUGAGAAUGACAUUGAGAAUCAAUUUGAUAUUGAAAGUAAUGAGAAUGAGAAAAGUUCAAGUGAUGUGAAUGAAAAUGAAGAAUUGAAUCGAACAUUUAAUGAGAAUGAGAAAACUUCAAGUGAUGUCAAUGAAAAUGAAGAACUAAAUCAAACAGUGAAUGAGAAUGAGAAAACUUCAAGUGAUGUAUUCAACUUUCCUUUUGAUAUUGAUGAUCUAGGAAAUUGGGAUAGGAUUGGUCAUAUUAAUAUGACAAACUUUAUAGUUGAAAGAGGUCCAAAAAGAGUCAUUAAGGAAGAGUUUACUAGGGAUGCUUUUGGUAGGAAUUUUUCUUCAUGGCAUUAUAUUAGAGAAUUACCAAAUGGAGAGAAACAAGAUAUGAAGUGGUUGAUAUAUUCAGUUUCUUUAGAUAAAGUAUUUUGUUUUUGUUGUAAAUUGUUUGCAACAAAGAAGCAUCUUGUGGGUUUUUUAGCUGAGGGAGGUUUUAAUGACUGGCAUAAUAUUUCUGAACGACUAAAAAGUCAUGAACGAAGUACACAACACAUUGAGUCAAUUGCUAGUUGGGUUGAAUUAGAAAAAUGA